AUGCGGUCUCAAAAUACAAUGUGUAUUUGUUUAAUUACCAUUUUACCAUGGAUGGUUUUCUUAAUAUUUACAUAUACUUACAGUCAGACUUGUAUUGAUGAUGUUCAUCAAACAGUUAAACGUAUUGAUAAUGUUCAUCAAACAGUUAAACGUAUUGAUAAAAUAAAUAUAAAUAUUAGUAGUUCGAUAUGUGAAACCUCAAUUGAUUCAUAUCAAAAAUGUUAUAAGUAUGUCACUGAAUUGGUACCUUAUAAUCACGUUACACUUGGUAUCGAAACCGUUAAUCUUCUUAGAAAACAGCUGAAAGCUGUUAAUCAAUCAUUAUUGAAUAGUUCGCUUUAUUGGAAUGAUGACGAUCGUUUUAAACCCUUUAUAAAUUUGAUGUCAUCAAGAAAUGAAUGUCAGAUAUUGUAUUGUGGAGCCAAUGAAGGUGGUACAGAUGGCCUCGAAUUUAUUAGAAAAUACGAAGAUUGUCAUGUCUGGUUUUUAGAACCAGUAACACAAUUCUAUGAUAAAUUAAUUCAUUCUCAUAGUAUACUGCAAGAAUUGAAAACAGGUAAACAUCAUAUGUACAAUAUUGGUCUAUCAAAUAAAAAUGAUCUUAUUGAUAUAACAUGGCAGGAUAUCAGAGAAUCACAAGCUUUGACUUUAGUUGGAGUACAUGAAAAAAUGAAAGAUAUUGGUAAUGAGUUAAAAUACAAGUUAAUUUUGAGAGAUGUUGCAGAAAUAUUAUUCGAAUUUCAUAUAUUAUCAAAGACAAAUAAUAACAUUGUAACUGGAGAAUUAAAUUUAUUACAUGUCAAUUGUGAAGGUUGUGAAUAUGAUGUUAUUGAAAGAUUAAUCAAAAAAAAUUUAAUUAAAUACAUUAGAAUAAUACAAUUUGGUUCACAUCGACCAUCAGCUAUUCGUUCAUCUAUCAGUCAAAUAUAUUGUUGCUUACAACAAAUGUUGUCAACAACACAUCAUUUACAAUUUGGUAUACCAUGGGCAUGGGAAAGAUGGUUGAGAAAUGAUCUAACAGAGCAAAAAUGA